GUUCACUACGGUAAUACAUCAACAGUAAGGAAGCUGCUGCAACUAUGACAGUGUUAGUGAUGUAAAGAGUGGAUGUCCACCCUUUUUUGCAAACAGCUGAUAUUUUUUGACUAACUUUUCAAGUGAUAAAGCAAUGCACUUUGUAGUGAUGUUUCGAUAGCAGAUGUAGUUGGUUUCGGAAGAAAGCGAGGUGUCGCUUUGCAUCCAACACAAUCCAACAACACAGCAAAAGCACAGGUAUGGCUUCCCAGAUCCAGGUCUACUCCUCUCCCUCGGUGACCUCCAGUGCUUACACCCGCUCCAAGAAACUAAAGGUAGAGACAGCGUGGGAUGUUAGCAACCAGUCGGGUGAAAACGGUUACUACCAUCAGAGCUCCAGUCAGGCUACAGCAUCCUCCCCCUCUGCCUCCAAUUGUAACCCCACUCACAGCUCCUCCAACCAAGGGUUCCCACCAGCUGGAGGCUCCAGGGAGCAGACAGUCGUACGGGCAGCAGACAGCACUGGCAGUGUUCCUGGACCCCCUUCCUCGUCCUCCUCAUCCUCCAGCCGCCGUGUCAAGGAUGCUGCAUCCUCCUCUCAGCCCACUGACCUCCACCACAAACAGUACAGUCACAAGCGCAAGAGCGAGGAGGUGGACAGCAGUGAUAGUGUCCAGAUCCUGGAGGAGCUCUCUGCCCCUGUGGUGACUAACCGUACAGCCGGGGCUGGGGGCAACACCACAGCCCAGUCCAUCGCACACUCCACCUCCACCACCAAGAGCAGCAACUCCCACAGUGAGGGAGACUACCAGCUGGUGCAGCAUGAGAUCCUGUGCUCUGUGUCAAACAGCUACGAGGUGCUCGAGUUCCUAGGGCGGGGCACUUUUGGUCAGGUUGCAAAGUGCUGGAAGCGUGGAACCAAUGAGAUUGUGGCCAUCAAAAUCCUGAAGAACCACCCCUCAUAUGCCCGCCAGGGUCAAAUUGAGGUUAGUAUCCUUAGCAGACUGAGCACUGAGAAUGCAGAUGAGUUCAAUUUUGUGCGCUCCUAUGAGUGCUUCCAGCACAAGAACCACACUUGCCUGGUGUUUGAGAUGCUGGAGCAGAACCUGUACGACUUCCUGAAGCACAGCAAGUUCAGCCCGCUGCUCCUCAAGUCCAUCCGGCCCGUCCUGCAGCAGGUGUCCACGGCCCUGAUGAAGCUGAAGAGCCUGGGCCUGAUCCACGCCGACCUGAAGCCAGAGAACAUCAUGCUGGUGGACCCCCUCAGGCAGCCCUACAGGGUCAAGGUCAUUGACUUUGGCUCAGCCAGCCAUGUCUCCAAGGCUGUCUGCUCUACCUACCUGCAGUCCAGAUACUACCGGGCGCCAGAGAUCAUUCUGGGCCUUCCCUUCUGUGAGGCUAUAGACAUGUGGUCCCUGGGCUGUGUCAUUGCUGAGCUGUUCUUGGGAUGGCCCCUGUAUCCUGGCGCCUCAGAGUAUGACCAGAUCCGCUACAUUUCCCAGACGCAGGGUCUGCCAGCGGAGUACAUCCUGAGCGCUGGCACCAAGACCAGCCGCUUCUUCAACAGAGGCCCUGAUUCCAGCUACCCUCUCUGGAGGCUGAAGACGCCGGCAGAGCACGAGGCAGAGAUGGGGAUCAAGUCGAAAGAGGCCCGGAAAUACAUCUUCAACUGUCUGGAUGACAUGAUGCAGGUGAACAUGACCAGCCUGGAUGGGACCGACGUCCUGGCCGAGAAGGCCGACAGACGGGAGUUCAUAGACCUGCUGAAGAAGAUGCUCACCCUGGAUGCCGACAAGAGGAUCACCCCCAUGAAAACGCUGAACCACCCCUUUGUCACUAUGACCCAUCUGCUCCACUUCCCCCACAGCUCCCAUGUGAAGUCCUGCUUCCAGCACAUGGACAUCUGCAAGCGCAGGUGCAGCACGUUUGAGAAUGGGAAGAAUUUGUUUGCCAGCAACAGCACGCCCAGUGCAGCCACAAACCUCACUGUCACCUUCAGCAGCCAGCUGAACCAGCACAACCAGAUGGCGUCCACAGGUGGCCAGUCCCUCUCCCUGAGCAGCAACGUCCCUCUGCUGAACUACCAGCCUGGGUUGUACCAGCAGGCUACCAUCAACAUCCCGGGCCUGGCCCAGCAGAGCGUGCCCAUGCAGACCCGACCCACCCAGCUGUGCCCCCAGGCGGAGCCCUUCCAGCAGACCCUCAUCGUCUGCCCUUCCACCAUCCAGGGUCUCCAAGCGUCUAAUAAGCACUCUGGUUACCCAGUGAGGAUGGAUAACUCUGUCCCGCAGAACCAGUCUACCCAGCCUCUGCACAUCCAGCCAGGCAUGCUGACACAGGCCUCCUUCAACCCCCUGAUGGUAGCCAGCCUGCACGCUCCCGUGGCGGGGAUGCCCCCCCUGUGUCCGUUGCCCCUGGCUCUGGGCUGUGGGGCCGGGAGGCCUGGCCCUCUGGAUCAGAGUACCACUAUGCUGCAGGGAUGGCCGGCAGGCACCCAGCAGAUCCUCAUCCCCUCCACGUGGCAGCAGAUGCCAGGCAUGUCCAUCCACAACCCUGGUCAGCAGGUGGUCCCUGGCUCGCCCAUGGGAGUUCCCCAUUCGGACGGCUCAGGCCAGCAGGGCUCCAACUGGAGCCGGCCAACUCUUUUUUCCGCCAGGGGUCGUCACGGCGGCCAGUAUGAUGGGGUGAACCAGCAGGACGCUGCAGCGGGGCGCCACGCUGCUCCAGCCGCCUCUCAGACCCACGCUCCAGCCGCAGCGCACCCCAGGGCCCAGCAGGGGAAGAGGUCCAAGCCCCGCCACGCUGACAGCAGAGUCAGGCCUGUGUCAACCGUCCAGUCGGCCUCCUCUCUGGUCCAAACCUCCCUGGCCUUCGUUGGAGACCAGUCUCAGCCAAUCGUCAUCUCCGACACGCCCAGCCCUGCGGUCAGCAUCAUCACCAUCCACAGUGACACAGAGGACGAAGAUGAGAGGAAGUUCCCUCCUACCUGCUCUGGAGCGAGUCAGAGGACCAACGUGAUCAGCUGUGUGACCGUGCACGACUCCCAGGACUCUGACUCGUCUAACAGCACUCCGCUGAGUCCCAAGAGGCUGACUAACUUGGAGGAGACCCCCUCCAAGGCCCUGGCCAUCUCCACGCCCUCGGUCAAGAGCCAGCCAGGGGAGGCCACUGCUCACAAGGCCUCGGGGGCCUCAGAACCUGCCUCUGGGAAGUCCAAGAAAGGCUCGGGUGAGCAGCCCAUCUGGUCAGGAGCCUCCAGCAGUGAGCGGCAUCAACGAGCCGCAUCAAUCAGAUCCCAGCCUCUCAACCUGAGUCAGGUCCAGCAAUCUGUGAUGUCAUCGUCACAUGACCAAUCGGUGGGAAGCAGCGGCACCUUGCGCAGACAGCCAACGUACCCUCCAUCAGUUUCCUCCCACUCAUCCUACCGGCUCCAUGAGGCCUCUCUCUUCAGUUCCACCCCUAACCUGUACGCAUACCCAGCCUCCGCCGCCCUCGCCUCGGUCUCCCAGGCCGUGGACCAGAUGAACGGAGGAGGGGCCUCAUCCCGCCACACCAGGUCCAGCCAGGCCUACUCCUCUCUGGGUCUGCUCCAGAAGAACAGCAGCCUGGGCCUGGUGGGCCACGCUCCAGGACAGUUCAAUCAUCACCAACAGCAGCAGCAGCUGGCAGGCCAGCCUUACCCCCGCUCCAAUGCUGCUUACCAACGCAAGCUCAGCCAGUACCCCUACCUGUGAGGACUGCUGCUUGGCAGAGGAUCGGUUGGAGCUAGCUUAGCCUCACUAGAAGACCAAACGGAGACCAACACUAUGGAACACCACAGCACAAACUCAUUACAGGGACUUCAAUGCUUGUUCUUUUAAGAACACAUUUUUUAUUGUUUGAGAUUAAUCAGCAUUGUUUUGGGUCAUUCUAGCUUCUUUGUUGAUAAUUAGUUGAUUUUUAGUAUAUUUAAUUUUAAAAUAAUUAAUAUUACCUUUGGCAGUACACUUAGUAUGUUAUUUGAGUAUUAAGCCAGAUCUCUUUAAAUAGGUGACACAUAGUCAAGAUGUGUACUAAUGACUAUCACUAAUGUUGUUCGUAUCAUGUACUGUACCACAACUAAUCAAGCCGUGUUUCCUACUGUAUUUAUACUUUUAUUUUAAUCUUAUGUUAAUGUCUCAGUGUUACAUUUAAUGGAUUGACACACUGUGAGCAAAUGUUGUUUGUUAUUAAUGUUAUUUAUGAGAAUUUAUGUUAU